AUGCAUAUGGAUCCACUUAUAAAUACAGCCUGUAGAACAUCCACAGUGCUGAACCCUAUUAACAUAUUCCCUACAGACCUCACAGACCUCGUUGACAUGAAGCCAUCAGGCAGCCUUCUUCUUUUGGUUAGCAUGGUCUCUUUGUUCCUCUUUGCUGGGGCUGUGAGCCAAGGAGGCUCUCAGGCUUUCUGCAGCAGCUAUGAAAAAACAGCUACAGGUGAAAAACCUUGUCCCAAGAUCCAAAAACCGGUCUGUGGUACUGAUGGACAAACUUACAACAAUCGCUGUGAAUUCUGCAAAGCAGCUAUGAAAAAAAAUGGAAAGCUUGGUUUCAAGUAUGAAGGGAAUUGUUGAAUCCUCUGAGGUUGCAAUGUUGGAAGUGCCUUCGGUUUGCCUUUUGCUUCAGAAGAUUUAUUUCCUGAUACCCAGUCUCCACCACAAUGUAAUUACCACCAAUAAUUAAUCAUA